AUGGUUCCAAGAAUAGUGCAUGAAUGGUUAACAUACAUAGCUUCAAAAGUUUAUGGAAAACUCAGCUUUGGAAAAUCAGCAGAGGAACCAAACAUUCCUAUUGCGGCUACUGCUUUAAGAUCACGUCGAUCAAGAGUAGACUUUGUCUUUGUGGACAAUGAAGCACAAGAGAUAACAAAUGAAGCACAAGAGAUAACAAAUGAAUCACAAGAGAUACCAAAUGUGUCUACGACAUCACAAGAACUUCCAUCUUCAUCCGCUUCUCCUACUACUUUAACACCGCAUAGUAGUGAACGUUCGAAUUCACUACGAUCUAUAGUUAUUCAGUAA